AUGAAGGCCGCUGCGCCCAUCAACAGCAUUGCGCACAAGCUUGGCAGCCAGAGCUUCCUCCCCGAGACGUUGGACAAGGAGUGCGAAAAGGCCGCAACGAUACUCAGGGCCUUCUGUAAAAAGGGGGUUUAUGCCGACCCUGCUGGGUCUUCGCUUCCCACCUCGACCGACCCCAACGCCGCCGAGUCGACAGACAGAGUCAUCGAUCCUACAAGAGAGAAGCCCAAGAACCGUGUCAUUGUCACGAUCCCUCCCAAGGUCAUCUCCAAGGCGGUUGGCCUGGCCAUCUUCACUACGCUUCGCGCCGGCUUCCAAGUAUCUGGUGCGACGGGCUCCGGCAUCCUCAUUGCACGGCUGCCCGAUGGAUCUUGGAGCCCCCCUUCGGGCAUUCAGCUGCACUCUGUCGGCGGUGGCUUUCAGAUCGGCCUAGACAUAUACGACUGCGUGUGUGUAAUCAAUAAUCGGGAGGCCCUUGCCGCCUUUACAAACACUCGCGUUAGUCUCGGCAGCGAUCUGGCCGUGGUGGCUGGCCCUUAUGGCGCUGGCGCGGCGGUUGAGUUUGGCACAUCCCUAGAUCCCAGAGGGAGCAGCAGUAGAGGCAACAGCCGUCCUUCAUCGCCUCAUGGAGGAGACUCACACACACAGCAGCAGCAGUCACAGCAGAACCUGCAACCAAACGACUCGGCAGACAAAAAGAGCCACAGACGUAGUCUCAGCGCCAGCGCAGUCAAGCCCGUCUUCUCGUAUGUCAAAUCACGAGGCUUUUAUGCCGGUAUCCGCAUCGAUGGCACCGUCGUAGCUGAGCGCAAAGACGCAAACGCUGCCUUUUACGGCCACAGCGUCUCAGUAGAUCAAAUCCUAAAAGGCCAAGUCCCGCCACAAGGCCCUCCAGGAAUGUGGCCAGCUGGAGCCCAGACGCUGUUUGGCGUUCUAAAGGGAGCCGAGGCCGGUGCCUUGCAAGCAUCAUCCCACGAGCACGAGCAGCGUCCCACAAGCCCAGGGCACCACCAGCAGCAGCCGCCGCCAGCUUCACCAAGCCACUUUCAACAGGGACAAGGCCAUGGCCAAAGUCAAGGACGGCCGGCACGCGAGCAGUCAUACACGGAUGCUCCCAAUCCUCCUUCGUACGCUGAGAGUGGGCCUCGUCCAUACGAUGGCGACAUCAAAUACGCUUGA